UCAACUAUACGGUUCGUUUUUGGCAGUAUUUGUUCAAGAAUAUCGAACCUUUUGAAAUUGAACAGACAGCACAGAUUUUUUGCAUUUUAUAUUAUGAGCUCUGAGUUAUGCAGUAAAAAUAAAAACCGAAUCAAUUGCUGAGAGACGUCGCUUAGUCGCUCAGUUGUUGUUAACGACGUCGCUCAGAGCGUGGCUGAAGCCUAGGGUAUCAAAAUCUUCGGCUGCAAUAGCUAUCCGUUCUUUCAUGGUUUUGUUGUAUGUAGUUAUUCAAUUGCGCAAUGCUUGUCUGUUUUUCGCUUUUGUGUUUAUUUUUUGUCUUUGUCUAGCGCACAAGAAAGUUAAUUUUAAUACAAACUUGAAAAACCAAAACACGUACAUAUAUGUAAAUAUGUUAGCACAAUAUGUGCGACGUUAAAUUUUAGUGACAACCAGUAUCGACAAUGUACAAAAAAACGGUUGCACAACUCCGUCACAGUGUACACCAGAGCAUCGAAAACUAUCCAUAUAAUGAGGCUAGCAGUGCCCAGGCCACUCUGCAGGCCAGUUGCAAAAAUUCAUUGAACUUUGUGCAGCGCUUAGAUAUACUGCAAACGCUAUACGUCCAUAAUGGUUGCGUCAACACAGUGAACUGGAAUGCAAGCGGAACACAUAUUGUAUCUGGCUCCGAUGAUAACCAUCUGGUCAUUACUGAGGCUAAGAGCGGUCGGGUAGCACUCAAGAGCAAGACCCAACACAAGCGUCAUAUUUUUAGUGCACGUUUCAUGCCACACAGCAACGAUCAGGCUGUCGUUUCUUGCUCUGGCGAAGGCCUAGUGAUCCAUACUGAGUUCCUGAUUCCAUAUAGCUCCGAAAAAUGUACAAAGACAACAGACUAUAUAGUUGGAGAAGACAGCCGAAUCGUGAACGUUUUUGAUUGUCACACAUUUGGGAGUACCUUCGAUGUUUUGCCAAUACCUGACGCACCGCGGUCCUUUCUUAGUUGCGGAGAAGAUGCAACAGUACGCUGUUUCGAUCUUCGCCAAUCCAGUAGUUGCUCCAAGAGUAUGUGCCAAAAUCACAUCCUUAUAAUGGCGCCCUGUGCCGUGACAGCCAUGGAUGUAGCUCCUUUUAAUCACAACAAUGUGGCCAUCGGCUGUUCCGACUCGAUAAUUCGUCUAUACGACAGGCGCAUGCUGGCAAAUACAGGCUCUGCAUCUUUGUCGUCGGGCUCAACAAUACCGAUUAAGGCUUACCCCAUACCAAUGGAAUACACGCGUCGUCACUAUCGCCCCACCUGCGUAAAGUUCAAUAUGAACGAAUCUGAGCUGCUGGUCAGUUACUCUAUGGAGCAGAUUUAUCUGUUUGAUCUGAAACACCCUGGCUAUAAUGACGCAGGUCUGUUGAAAAGCGGUUGUUAUACGCCCAAAAUGCGCCGUGAAGACGAUCCAGACCCGCAGAUGCCUCGUCUUCGCUUUCGUGGCGAUUGGUCCGAUACUGGGCCCAACUCCCAGGCCAUUGCCGAGCAGGGUUUUAACCGUCCCAAUGUGGGGCAAGCUCGACCACCCCUCGAACCAGGAGUACUUAGUCGGCUUAGUGACGAAAUAUUUCGCAUGCUUAAUUCGCCCAGUCGUCAAAUGCGUCAAACUUCCCAAGCAACCGAGUCAAAUACAGAUACAACAUUAAACCGCAACUCAAAUAGCUCUCUUCCUAUCAGGGCGCAGAACACAAUUUAUGGAAAUAUGAUCAACGAAUCGGAUGUGGCUAACAUUUCUGUCAAAUCUGGAUGUCUUGAGAUCACAGAGGACACAAAAGAUACUAAAAAUGAGAACAAGGAUGCAAUUGCAGCUGGAGAUGGAGAAAAGUUUCCUAUUCGAAAUUUUAAUUACGUAAAAAUGGCUUUCAGUGGGCACCGUAACUCAAGGACAAUGGUGAAGGGUGCUUGUUUCUGGGGGGACGACUUUAUUAUGUCGGGUUCCGACUGUGGCCAUAUAUUCGUUUGGAAUCGACAGACCGGAAAGGUAGUCAAGACGCUUCUGGCAGAUAAUCGUGUCGUCAAUCGUGUUCAACCACAUCCCACGCUCCCCUACCUUCUUAGUUCCGGCAUCGACUACAAUGUGAAGGUGUGGGCGCCAAUCGCUUCUGAUCCUCAUUUCGACGAGGCCGAAACCGCCGGACUGAUAAAAAGCAAUGAGAUUAUGUUAGUGGAGACUCGCGAUACUAUAACCGUACCUGCCCAGAUAAUGAUACGAAUUUUGGCAAGCCUACAUCAGUAUCGCCGGCUGAUGCACGAAGCUGGUAGCGAAGCCAGAUCUAGUCAAGAAGGUCUAUCUAGCAAUGGUGCAGAAUCUCCUAAUAGUGAUAUAUAAGUUAAAUCGUGAUCUAGUAACCACUCCUCCUUUCCUUUCCCUGUUUUUCCCUCCUCCAACGUAUGCGAAGGCAAGGUGCAGCAGUUAUCAGCCUAAGAGGUAGAGAAAGCGACACGUUAUUAUAUGUUUAAUGUACAUCGCAUUAAAAGUAUGACGAAGUAUGACAAACAAAAUUGAACUUUUUAUUUACACUUCGAACCAAACCGACUUUUUCUGAUAGAUUUGAAGUUUUAAAUUUUAUUUUUAAUGUUUAUUUCUUAAAUGUUUUUGUUUUUUCAGAGGUAGUGCUUAACAAGCAUCUUACAUCAGGUUGUAUUGAACUUUCCAAUUCUAAAAGCAGAUAAAUGAUGCUUUAAAUCGGUCUUGAAAAUAUUGAGAUUUCGAUUAGAAAAUUUUUAAUUUUUUGAGGUUAUUUUUUGUACGUUAGCAAUCCAAGUAUGAGGCAGUGAUCUACUCAUCCUGGCCUAUAAACUUAUUUUUCUCUUUUGGAAAGUACAUUUAAAAGGUUUCAUUUUGUCGCACAGUGUUACUUGUUCAUAUUAAUAUUUAAUUUGUUACUAUUAUACUAUGAAUAUAUCUUGUGCAUAAAUAUUUAUGAAAAAAUAUUAAAGUUUUACAGGAGUAAACUCGA